UGAAUGAAUGAAUGAUUGAUUGAAUGCAUUACCAUUUGAGUGAACCAUUGAUUGGUGACAUUCAUGUGAUUUCAUACUAAAUAAUAAUAAUAAUAAUACAGUAAUAACUUGAAUGUAAUGUCUGUAUAAAUAAAUAAUUAAUUAACUGAUUGUUUGGAUCAAUCAAUCAAUGAACUAAUCCGAUGACUGUACACAAUCAUUAUCUCUCUCUCUAUAACUCUUUGUAAAAAAACCAAACCAUCAUUUGGUUGGACCAAUUGAUUGAUUUUUUGAUUGCCAUCGCUUGAAACACACAGACAAACACACAAACUUCUUGAGCAGAAUGUUCUGGCAGUUUGACAACGGAUUUGUCUCACAGAUCGGAACCAUACUCGACAAAGAGAAUGUCACUCUUCAGGAGCUUAUGGAUGAAGACGAUAUUCUUCAAGAGUGCAAAGCGCAGACCCAGAAGCUCAUUGAUUUUCUAACUCGUCCGCCAAUAAUUGACGAAAUGAUAAAUUUGAUAACAAAUGAGCCGCCAGUCUCUUUGGAUCAACGGUUACGAUUCAAAUACGCUAACAUUGCCUGCGAGAUACUGACCACCGAUGUGAUGGCCAUUGCCGAUGCCUUAGUUGCCGACGACCAGAUGCUCAACAAAUUGUAUAACUUUAUCGAUACAGACCGCCCAUUGAAUCCAUUGAUGGCCAGCUUUUUUAGUAAAGUCAUGGGUGUGUUGUUUGUUAAGAAAACCGAUUUUGUGUUUGACUUUCUAAAGUCUAAAGACUUGAUUAGUUUAUUAUUGACUCAUAUUGAGACGUCGGCGGUCAUGGAUCUGAUUCUUAAGCUUAUCAUUAGUGUCGAUAAUUUGGAUCUCAGAAACAUUAUUAUUAAAUGGCUUCACGAUAAUGAACUGAUACCGAAACUGUUGGCCAUAUUUAAGACGAAUUGUUCGUCACAAAAGCAUAUAAAUGCCGCUCAACUGAUUUGUGACAUAAUUAAGAUAACCCGUGAACACCAAUCGCAAUAUCAGGACAAUGUGGACAAUGACCUGCUUUUAGAUACACUCGAAUCUACCGAUACAGUGGCCGCACUACUGGACAACAUUAUAAGCUGUCGGACAGAGAGUAGUCUUGUUAGUGGCCUUACAAUUAUCCAAUCACUUCUUGAAUACAAACGGCACUGUAUGAAUAUCAAUAUACAACAACACAUAAUGAGUCCACAGAACAAUAUAAACGAGUCUUCAGCCGAAUUCGAAGGAAUGCCCCAAUGUUUUAGUCAACAAAUGGCCAACAGAGUCGACGGCUGCGGCCAACCGACUGCUUUGGACACCGAGAGAUUAGCCAAAAGUAUUAGACAAGUAGAGGCAGCUAUACUACCGCGAUUGGAAGCGUUUUCGGACCUAUUAGAGAAUCCACCGAAACAGCAACCAAUUCAGACCACUGUCGGUCUCAUUGAGAAGCCAUUGGGCGCCAUACGUCUCGAAGUCGCUCAUCUGAUCACAGCUCUUCUGAGCACUAAUGAUGAGUCAAUCAGAGAGAAAUUGGCGCAAAUGAAUACAUUGCCGAUACUUAUUAACUUAUUCUUCGAGUAUCAGUGGAAUAAUUUUCUUCACAAACAAGUUGAACAAUCAAUCGCUUGUAUACUAAAUAACAACAAUAAUAAUAAUAAUUGUAAAUCCGGUUCAAAUAGCAACUGUUCCACUCAAUCGGCUGGUGAUGAGCCAAUGUCUUCGACGCCGAUCAUUGAAUCUUCUUCUUUAGUCAUACAACUGUUAACUCAGUGCCAACUCAUUGAUCGAUUAUGUGAUGUGUUUGACGAGAAAAAUAGUAAUACAACAAACAGUAGUUAUAAUGAAUCGGUAGAACCGAAUGCUAGUAGUUAUAAACCGAAACCGGGAUAUAUGGGACACUUAGUAAUUAUUGCAAAUCUAAUUAAAGACAAAUGUGACGACCAGUGUCUGCAAAAAUAUUUGUCGGCCGAAGUGUUUGAUAAGUGGAAGAGUUUUGUUGAUCAGACAUUAGAUAAGAUUAACAAAAUUCAUAGCACACCGCUUGUCAAUGAAAUGCCUAAUAUGCCGAUGGAUGAAGAAUCUCGUCGACAACAGGACACUACACUUCAACAGGUAUUUAUGGACUAUCAGAUGCAGCAAAUGACAAGAAAUCUUUGCCAACAGAUUACGUUUUCAGCCAAUGAGUUCACCGAAUUGAAUGACAACAUUCCCAAUCAAAUUGAUUCAUUUACAAGAAUUAAUUUUAAUUUUGACACUCAUUUGCAACAAAAAGACAAGAGCUUACAGUUUGAAAAAAUAUGCGCCGAAAGAGCAAAAGAUAGUAUCGACACAAACAGUAGCGAUGAAGAAGAUCUCUGGGAAGAUAGAGACCAGUCAUUCAAUAAUCGUACCAUGAAUUCGGAGCCCAAGAAGUCUGUCUCUCUAUUGAACGACGAAGCCUUUGGUUUUAAUUCUUCCAAUAAUCGAUACUUUAAUCCCAUGGAUGUCGACCAAAGUGAUCCCUGGUCUGAUAGUGCAAAUAGUGGCCCAGUAGCUAUGGAAACAUCAAACCCCUGGGAGGGUAGUUCGAGUGGUUCACAAGUAUUGCCGACCAGUACGUCGGGGGCGGCGUCUUCGAACAUAGAGGCCGACUCGUGGGCCGAUUUUAGUGGCUUUUCAAACAAUAAUGAUUUCAAUUCUAACGAGUUUAGCUCAUCAAUGAUAAGCACAUCCACGACCAACACCACUACCGCUAGACAUACAUCAACAGAAUCGUCGUUGUCAUCACAUUCAACGACCGCAUUUGCUGAGAGUACGUCCUGCGAACCAUCGACAGCAACAGUGUUAUCAUCAUCGGAAGCGGCGGCAGACUUUGGCGGCCCGAAACCACCGGCGACGAUGACUACGACCAUUAACUCAUCAUCACAAGCAACUGUGGCAACAUAUGCUUCGGCGGUCAACAAUUCGCUGGUGACAGCAGACCAGGAAAAUGCGGUCACUUCUUCUACAAGUGAUUUAUACAUAGCUAACGGUCCCAAUUCGUAAACAACAACAACAACAACAAAAUAAUUAAAUUUAUAUAUAAUUGUUUUUAUUAUUUUUCUUUUUUUGUUGAAAUCAUUGUUUUUAGCGGUGAUACUAAAUAUUUUGAACAAUUCAAACCAAUGCUUGUUAUUUAUAUGUAUAUAUAUUGUGUAUAUAUAUAUAU